CGGUUGGCGACAAUAUUAAAAGCGGGAGGAAGAAAAUUCCGAAAUGGAAGAGGAGGGUUCCGGAGGAGAUCGGACGGGGGAGAAAAGGGGAGGCGACGGCGCCCGGGCGGGGGAGGCGGAGAGAGGGCGCCCCGAUAGAGCAGGCGCGGAACGGACCAAUGGGAGAGAGGGACGGGCGUCGGCCGCCGUGGAGCGCCGAGCCGACGAAAGCCGGUAGGAAAAGUCGGCGCGAGCGAACGGCGGACGACAUCGGACGCCCGAAGCGUCCGUGGGGAUGGAAGAUCUGGGUUAAUCGCCACCUCAUCCGAAAAUGAACGCGGGACGGCGCUACGCGCUGCUCGUCCUGCUCUUGUGCGCCGCUUAUCCGGCCGAACUCCAGCGAAACCAAACGGAUGCGCCCACCGGUGCGGCGGUGGAAUGCACGGAAGACUCGGAAUGCGGAGACGUGGAGCAGGUGGAAUGCGACGCGGACACGCGGACUUGCGUCUGCAAAAAGAGCAAUUGGGUGCUGUCCGCAGGAGGCAACUGCUUGCAGGGAAAAGAGUUGCGCGAAGAGUGCGUGAUCGAGGAGCAGUGCCGAGUGCUGAACGGAAAUUCCACCUGCGUGGACAACAGGUGCAGCUGCGCCCCCGGAUUCAUCUUGCUCGACGAAGUGAAAGCGGUCACCUGCCAGUUAGAGAGAGAAGUGUUGACCACCCAGACGCCGGGAGAGCGAAACGAAGGCGAUUCGGAAGGAUCGGGAGGAAUCAAAGACAAAAACGUUUUGAUCAUCCUCGUCGUCUUUGGACUCAUGUUCAUCGGAAUAUGCGUGGCCCUCAACAUGUUCAGCAGGGCCAGAUUCCGCAACAACCGCUCCAUCUUCAGCAAUCCGCACCCUCGACUGAUGCACAUCAAACUGGGUAAGAAGAAGGGGCACCGACGGGGCAGCCACGCCAGCAUGCAAGGAGGGUCGCGACAGCCCAGCGUCUGUUCGCAAUUGUCGCCCCUCCCUUCUCGAGCGGGCAGCAGACGCCCCAGUCAACAGAGCUUGAGAAGCAACCCCGACAAGAGGACGGACCAACUGGCGGGGGGCACCGUGCUGUCGGUGGACGAAAUCGCCAAAAAGUUGCAGGAGAGUCCCCGGAGGCCGAGCAGCGGCGCCGCUCAUCCGGUCCAGAACGGACCCAACUCGCCCACCAUCAUAGUGACCAACGCGCCCGGACGCGGGCGGAUAGACGAGGCCGGACUGUCGUCCUCCCCCGUCAACGUCUGACCCGGGCGGGCGCCCUCUUUCGUCUUCGACCAUUCCAUUUUACGAUUAGUUGCGUCGUUUCCGGGCUGUCGGCCGCGUCGUUUCCGGACGCGGAUUAGCCGGUAGCGCUCGGUCGAGGAUUCUUCUAUUCUUCUUUUGUCUGGAACAGAACCAUCACUUUAAAAUCUAUGUCAAUCGUUUUCGGGCCUCCGACGGCGACGCGCCGCGCCGCGCGGCCCAGCUCCGCGCGGGCGCGCCGCAAACGGAUCUCCCGGACGCGUCCUCCGAGCUAUGCAUCUUCCAUUUCGCAUUCGUUUUCGUCGAUAGCUAGGCGUAGAACGUCGUCACCGACCAACUAUGCACCAGAAACGCACGCAAAAGCACGACAACACACACACACGAACACACGCACUCACUAGGCACUCGAACCGGCGCGCGCCGCGGAGACGGAGGACGCGCGAGUUUAUUUUUCUCCCCGGUGGAAAAAGUCUACCGCGGCCCCCGAUCGCCAUCCACAUAUCCCCGGCAAGGGAAUGUAAAUAAUAUAAAUAUGUAAAGGAGGGGGACGAUUGUAGAGUUUUGGUCAGGGUGCUCGGCUAGGAUCCCGGCUUACGGCAAUUCUCCGCUUCAUAUAGCAUGGGAGUGGACGGACGGUCCUUUCCAGUUUCUCCUUUUUAUACACGAAAAAACAAUUAUAUAUAACAGUAGCGCCUAGAGUUAAACAGAAGAAAAAAAUCACUUCAAGCCCAAACAAUUACCGAAAAAGAGAGAGAGCGACCGUCGGGAAAUGGCAACCGGUUCGACUGGACUCUUUUUAUUUAUUUAUUUGUUUGUUGGGUUGGAAGGCGAGCGAACCGCACCGACACCCCCACCCCAUCGGUGUUAAAAUGCAGGAUUUGAGGUGCCCGCCACCGCCUUCUCUUCUUCGUCUACUUCCGGUUUUCGGUGGUUUCGGUCGCCCGUCGACAGCUGGGACCAAACCUCUUCCGCUUCGGAACGCCCCGGGUCCAUUUCUCGAUCGGUUUUCGUUCCGCGUGGGACCAACGACCGAAGGAUCCUGUACUUUAUCAUCGGAACGUGUCUCCCGCACUUCCGACUUCCCUUUUAUACUGUCUUUGCACACACGUUUACUUGUACGAUUUCAAAAUACCCCGAGAAAUAAAAAUUUGUAUCCCGUCGCCCCCGUUCGUAGUUUUCCAAAACGGAGCCGGGUGACAAAAAUA